GACGGUGGUCAUGAAUUUCGGCGUCGUGACGGGAGUUGGGAUCGUGAGUGCAGGUACAGUCCCGACCGUCGUGGACCUCGGGAUGGGGACCGUGACUACCGAGACUCUCGGGAUUCCAGGGAGCAUCGGGACUACUACCGUGACACGCGUGAUGUUCGUGACAUUCGAGAGUACCGAGAGUAUCGCGACCAUCGAGAUCACCGUGAUGCUCCCUAUGAUCGCCGCUCUGAUCGUGAUGAUCGUGGCCGUGGCUCCGACCGUGGAGACCGUGACCGUGAAGGUGGACGUCCAGCGCCUCCGUGAGGAGUUGGCCGCAGUGGAUCCUGAGUUCAAGGCGUCGCUCAAGGACAAGGAGGACAGGAAGGAGGAGAUGCAGCUUCGCAAGCAGGGCGAGUAUGUGGCGAUGGCCAUGAAGUCGAGCUUCGGGGACCAGCUCAGCAAGCUCCUAGAGGCCUCGGACAGCAACAACAAGCAGAAAAAAUCUUCUGUGGCCGAGCGAGAGGUGAGCCCGACACCGGUGGCGGAGGCCCCCGCCAGCACGGCCCUUCUCAAGCGCGCGGAGAUCGGCCGGCCCCAGUCCCUCAUCGGCGGCAAGAAACAACUCGGCACACGCAUGACCUGGGCGGAGGCAGCUCAAGUCUUGGAGGCGCGCAUGGUAGACAAGACGGUGGUCGCGCAGAUCAACAAGUGCAUCAUCGCCCAUCUCCCGAAGCGCCAUCCACCGACGAGCAAGGCGAAGCGUGUUCAGCUUGUCCUGGGAAUCCUUAAUGGCACGGCCCUCUGA